CUUUUGUUCCCACUCAACAAGGCUCAAGACUUGAGAAUAGCACAGUUUUUUUAGUAUUUCGCCAAGGCAAACGAUGUCGUUGUGUAGUCUUCAGGCUGUCGUUCAAUCUCGGUGUUGAUUGCCUUUUUUUGCUCAAUCGACCCGACCUUGCAAGGUCACGAACGGUCACAUUAUCAAUCAAAUGGGAAGAUGAAAAAUGGCAGAUUAUCCAUAAUCAGACAUUCAAUUUUCUCAUCAACGCACAAUCCUAAACCUCUGUUCUACUGCAAUUAUACUUCUCCGCCAGAAGAGUGCAACUCUCUCUCUUACCCAACAAACGCAUCUUCUCUCUCCUCAGCUCUGCAACACUAUAUCAACUCAGACCACCCUUCCCAUGGCCAAAAGAUCCAUGCCCACGUUCUCAAAACUGGGUUCAGACCCAACACCAACAUCUCCAUCAAGCUUCUUAUAUUACACCUCAAAUCUCGUUGUUUGUCAUAUGCGCGCCAAAUGCUCGAUGACUUGCCUCAACCAACCCUGUCCGCUUAUAAUUACAUGAUUUCGGGUUAUAUGAAAAAUGGGAAAGCUGAGGAAUUGUUUAAAUUGGUUAGGAGAUUAAGUUUUUCUAGUGAAAAGCCGGAUGGUUUCACGUUUUCGAUGAUUUUAAAGGCAUCUACUUGUGAUGGUGUUUUAUCAUUGGCAAGUAGUAUAGGAAAGCAGGUUCAUGCCCAGAUAAUGAAAUGUGAUGGCGUGGCUGAUGAUGUACUUUUUACAGCGCUUGUUGACUCGUAUGUGAAAAGUGGGAGGGUUGAUUAUGCAAGGAGGGUGUUUGAAAUGAUGUUGGAAAAGAAUGUGAUUUGUUCGACAUCGUUGAUUUCAGGGUACAUGAAACAAGGAUCUGUGGAAGAUGCAGAGGAUGUAUUCAAGAAAACUUUUGACAAAGAUGUGGUUGUUUUUAAUGCCAUGAUUGAAGGUUAUAGCAAAUCAAUUAAGACUGCUAAGAGGGCGCUUGAGUUUUACAUUGACAUGCAACGGUUGGAUUUUAUGCCCACAAUAUCAACUUUUGCCAGCAUUAUUGGUGCCUGCUCUGUGUUGUCAGCAUUUGAAAUCGGUCAGCAAGUCCAUGGUCAACUUAUGAAGACUGCAUUUUUUAUGGAUAUAAAAAUGGGAAGUGCUCUUGUAGAUAUGUACUCGAAAUGUGGAAAAAUUGAGGAUGCAAGGAGAAUUUUUGAUCAAAUGCCCGAGAAAAAUGCAUUUUCGUGGACUUCAAUGAUCGAUGGAUAUGGAAAAAAUGGAAAUCCAAAUGAAGCCCUUGAGCUCUUUAGCAGAAUGCAGAGAGAUAAUAGCACAGAGCCCAAUUAUGUCACGUUCCUCAGCACAAUCUCAGCUUGUGGGCAUGCUGGGCUAGUUGCUAAAGGCAAGGAGAUAUUUGAUAGCAUGCAGAGGGAUUACUCAAUGAAACCAAAGAUGGAGCAUUAUGCUUGCAUGGUUGAUCUCCUAGGGCGUGCAGGAAGUCUAAAUCAGGCAUUGGAGUUCAUAAUGGGAAUGCCCAAGAAACCGAGUUGUGAUGUUUGGGCGGCUUUGCUCAGUUCUUGUCGAUUGCAUGGUGAUGUAGAGAUGGCAAACAUAGCUGCCAAUGAAAUCUUCAAGUUAAACGCUGAUGGCCGGCCCGGGGCAUAUGUUGCAUUAUCCAAUACUUUGGCAGCUGCCGAGAGAUGGGACUGCGUAAAUGAAGUGAGGAAGUCAAUGAAGGUAAGAGGGAUAUCUAAAGAUACUGGCUUCAGUUGGGUUGGGACUGAUGGUGGUUUAAAAGGUUUUCAUGCUGGACAAAAGAUCUGA